AACAAAGUUGUGCAUUCGUUUUAAAUGGCCUGUGAUAUGAUGAUCCCUCUGAAAGGCAGCGUUUAAAAUGAUAAAUCUGUUACAGCAGCACUGCUGCGGAUCGCAGGAUGGACUCCGGUGGGAAACCCUCGACUGCACAGAUAGUGGUUUUAGCCACCAGCUCCGCCCUGACCGGCCUCUUCUACACCAUCUACAAGAACAGAGCGACGACGGUUGCCAGACUAAAGGAAGCCAAGAAAGUAUCCAUUGACAAGGAUUUGAAUAACAUCCUGUCUGAAACUCCGGGUAGAUGUGUCCCCUACGCAGUCAUAGAAGGUGCCGUGAGGAAUGUGAAGGAAACUCUGAGUAGUCAGUUUGUUGAUAACUGCAAAGGCGUCAUUGAAAGACUGACGCUGAAGGAGGAGAAGAUGGUGUGGAACCGCACCACCCACCUCUGGAACAGCACAGAGAAAGUCAUCCACCAGCGCACCAACACGGUCCCAUUUGCCCUCGGGUCUCACGAUGAGGACGUCUCUGCGUUUGUGCGGGUUAUACGUCCGCUGGACGCUGCAGAGUUGGACCUGGAGACCACCUACGAGAACUUCCACCCAACAGUCCAGUCCCUGUCCAGUGUUAUUGGCCACUUCAUCAGCGGGGAACGACCCAAGGGCAUCCACGAAACCGAGGAGAUGCUGCGGGUGGGAGACAGCGUCACGGGGGUGGGAGAGCUGGUGCUGGACAACAACCUCAUCAAGCUCCAACCUCCAAAGCAGGGCUUCCGUUACUUCCUCACCCGGCUGGACUACGAGUCUCUCCUGAAGAAGCAGGCGAAGAGUGUGAGACUGUGGAGGAUUCUGGCUCUCGUCUCCGGCGUCACCGCCUGUUCGAUCUUCAUCUACAUCCUGUGGAAGAGAUACGUUCUUCACAAGCAGAGCAGGAAGGAGAAGAGCAUGCUGGAGGAAUUCAAGGAGCAGCAGAAGAAACGCAUGCGUGAACUUAACAUCGAGGAAAGCAGCGUGUCGCCCACCAGCUGUACUGUGUGCCUGAGCCAGGAGCGCUCCUGCGUGUUCCUGGAGUGUGGCCACGUGUGUGCGUGUGCUCAGUGCUACGACGGCCUGCCACAGCCAAAGAAAUGCCCCAUCUGCAGGGCAACUAUAGACAGAGUGGUGCCUCUGUACAACAGCUAAUGUGGCCAUUUCACACACAGAGACUAUACUCAGCAUUUUACACUCACGUCCUUCACAAACUGUCGUCUGCGGCUCGAGAUGAUUAAUAGCUGCAGUUUAUGUUUUGUUUUUCUUCCCCAUGAAAUGGUGGAAUCAUAUUUGGAAAGUAUAAUUCAUCUUGAUAAA